AUAAUCAAUUACCUGCAGAAACAUCGAAGCUUACAUCGAUGUUUUAUUGUAUAUAUAAUAGGGUGUACACACUGAGCACGACCCGGGGGAACGGUGGCAUUUUUGGCAGAUGUGAAACACUGAUUCCCACAUACUCCAUCCCGCAAAAAGCGGUUGAUGAGCAUAAAAUUAUUUAGCUUUGGUCUAAAUUGGGAAAUCUCAACAAUUUUAAAUUAGUGAAUUGGCUAUUUUAUUAGAUUCUAUGGACUCUCCUGUACCAUGUUCUCUUUGGCUAUCUUGCGAAAUUCUCCUUUCUUCUGCUGCAGCUAUAAAAUAUACUCUUUUUCUACCAGCUUUUCUAAAUCACUGUCAUGUUAUGCCCGUCAAAAUCUUGAACGGAAAUAUCUGAAUACUUCUCGGCGCAGUGGAGUUUAUAAACAGUUGUACCCUACCAACAUGCGGAUCUUCUGCGCAAUGCAGAAUGUCCAUUACCACGUGACACUCCUGUCGCUAUCAGCAAAUGAUCUCUAUCUGUGAUCACACAAACUGUUAACCAACUCAUCAGCACCUGUACUCUUUGUUGGAUAAAGCCAAAAAAAUGUAGAAAAAUCGUCGAAAACUAUUAGAACGUUGUUUUCUAAUGUUCUUAUUCGGUCCAAUAUGGUCGAUCUGAUACGCUUGCAAAGGCUCAUCAGAUUUUUAGAUUACACUCAAGUAAACUUUUUUCUGUCCACAUUUCGCAUAGCUCAUCAUGCAGUCUACGCAAACUUCAACAAUUCUAUCUAUCUGCACUAAAUCGAUAGUUCUGUUAGCACCAAAAUGUUCUUAACGAUGAGCAGUCAUUACGGUUUGGCUUUCCAUCCCGUCACACUUGGGCGUGUUUCUUUCCAUUGUUGUAACGUUUUGGACCUUCCGAUUUUUACGUCGUCAGACCUGAUGUCAGCAGCUAUCCCAUCCGGAUUCUUUUACAAAAUGUUCUAUCUUCCUGGGACAAUCUUUGAUCUGCCAAUCGACUUGCGAAGCCUCUGGAAACUUCCACGACUAAGAUCAUUGCAUUGCUAAGAAAGAAAAUACCAAUACCAAAAAUGUGAGAACUGCGAACAGGCUGUCCGGUUACUGAACAGGCUGAAAUAGAGGAGUAACGACACGCUCUCACAAUACACCCAUCGAAUGUGGAACCCACAAAAACCGUGAAGAUAGUCUCUGUGACUAGUUGUUUAAAAAGAGGACUAGAAUAUCCAACCCAACCGAAUAUGUUAAGCGAUAAUAUUUACUCCGCAGCAAAUUAUGAAGAACUUGUCAUUCAUUCGAAAAUUUAGCCAAGAAAUCUACUGACCUGCAAAUGCACUGGAAUCAUUACAGCAGCAAAAAUUUCAACACCACAAGGAAUGGCUGUGGAAACCAACCAAAAUCUAGAAAUCGAACAACUCGUCUUCGAAAAGGGACAAUUGCGACGGCAAUAGCAGUCGCACAGAUCGCCAUCUUCAAAACAACGGCUAAAAUUUGCUACACGCAAUUUCACUCAGGCUCUAAAUAAAGAACAAAAAGACGCCCAAAGCCGCUACAUAGAGAAACUAUUACCAAACAGCACCAAGCAUUCACUGUGGAAGGCCCAUCAAAACCUUAGUGCUCCAAUAGAAACAGUCAUGCCAUGCUGUUAAGGAGUCCAAAUGGCAGUUGGUCACGUAGUAACGUCACGUUUUGCAGACCAUUUAAAAAAUUUGCACCAGGCUAAUCCUGUCACUAAUUCAUUUUUGCUCCCAUCUUCAUUGACAUGGUGGUAAAGCCUCCAGAGACCAUAGAAUUUCGGCCAAUCGAUAUGCUAAAUGUCGUAUUAGUCCACUCCACUAGCUAAUACUGUUACUCCGUGCUGAAACCUGAAACCUUUAGAAGCAAUCAGAAAACUUUUGUAUCGUAAAAAAAAAAUUUUUGUUGCAUAGUGUUAUUGUUAGUCUUUAAUUAAAAGUGAUAAAUUAAAAGAGAAUAAUAAAUUGACAAUUAAUUAUAAUUAAUUGAAAUAUAAUUAUGAAAUGUAUAGAAUGCUUGAUUCUGUAUAAAAACAAAAUCCAGACUUUGUUACAUAGUGCCUUCAUUGUAAAACUGUACCUAUUAUUUAUAAUUUUUCCCACCUGCAUUUAUCCUGUCAAUCUAUUGGCUGUGAAAGCCAUAUAAAAGCACUAGAUCUUUACCAGUUGCUAAGAAUAAACAAUGAGGGCCUCCAUCGCUUUGAUUUUAUUAAUCGCUGCACGUGGAGCAGCGGCGCAUAUGGACACAUCGGUUUUAACCAGGUUUAUUGUGAACUUGGUUGGGACUAAUGAAGCAAUUAUUUUUUCCUGUUCAGACAAAGAUUUGCAGCUCCUUGCUUCUGCGUUUAUGAAAAAUGACCAGUUUGUGAAUUAUGUACAUAUGAAACAAAUGUACUCUCUGCCCUUUAUACUGGGACGAAAUAGCCAUGGUCGAACUUCUGUUAUAGUAAAUACCAGAUGUAAUGGUGCAGCUGGUCUACUGGCUGAUGCUUCUGCAAAUAAAUACUUUAACAAAACCUAUCAGUGGGUUUUUUGGGGUGUUGGCGUAGAAGUAAAAUAUUUACUUCCACUGGAACUGGAUUAUAUUGGCCCAAACGCUCAAAUAACCUACGUUAAUAAAACAAGUAACGACUACUGUCUCUGGGAUAUUCAUUCAAAGGGACGUCACCUUCAAUCGCCUUUACAACUACAAUUAAUAGCAACAGUAACAAAUUAUGAAGGCAGUAGUUACCUAAACAUAGCUCGAGACAUAUUUAAGCUACAAAGCACUGAAUACCGUGGGCAAUUUAAUGGGAUUACACUACGAGGAGCAAGCGUUAUUGACCAAGAGGAUAUAACUACAAAUGAACAAAUCGAGGCUAUACUUUCGAGGUCUACAAAAGAUACCGGAGUGGCCGCCUUUAUAAAAUAUCACUAUGAACUUGUAGGACUUUUACGGGAUCGUUUUAAUUUUUCUGUUAAUUUCCGUAACUCAAGAGGAUGGGCUGGUCGACUAGGUAACACCACAUUUCGUCUUGGACUUUUAGGAGUUGUUAAACGAGACGAGGCAGACAUUGCAGCAUCUGGAUCGCUCAAUCGACUUAACCGUUUUGCGGAAUUUGAUACAAUACAUCAGAGCUGGAAAUUUGAGGCUGCAUUUAUUUAUAGGUUUACUCCAGAUUUAGAUACUCAUGGAAAAAGUGGCAAUUUCUUGGCUCCAUUUAGCAAAGCGGUUUGGUUUUUAAUUCUUGUUUCGCUAAUAGUGUUUAGCGUAAUUUGGUUGCUUUUUGAAAUUAUUAACAGCAAAUUGAAUCCUACAAAUGACGAUUUCCAAAUCAGUAAUAUACCUGAUACUGAAUCACAGAAAUGUUACGCGUUAAAAAUGCAAACUAGUUGGGCUGAAAGUUUCUUGCAAUCGUUUGCAGCUUUAUGCCAACAGGGUUUGGAUCCGAUUCCAAAAGAUCACUCAUCGCGUUUUGUCGUAAUAACCAUAUUUUUAUUUUCACUUGUAAUAUAUAACUACUAUACUUCUUCUGUGGUUGGUGGAUUGUUAAGCUCUUCUGAUAAAGGUCCAGCUACUGUUGAUGAAAUAACAUCUAGUCCCCUCACAAUAUCUUUUGAAGACAUUGGUUAUUAUAAAGUACUAUUUCGAGAAAGUAAAAGCCCAGCCGUAGCCAGACUAAUAAAAACCAAAUUGUCCUCAUCGAGACCUUUGGGUAAAAUACCAGUUUUUGCACAUAUCGAAGAAGCUGUACCAUAUAUCAAAUCCGGUGGUUUUGCAUUUCACUGUGAGGUAGUUGCUGCCUAUCCUUUGAUUGCAGAAUUAUUUGAUGCUAGUGAAAUUUGUGAUCUGCGCGAGGUAUCCGGCCUAAUAGAAGUAGAAUUGCUGAAUUGGAUUUUGCCAAAAAACAGCCAAUAUACAGAACUGUUUAAAGUUGCCAUGUGUUCGGCACGGGAAAGAGGUUUCGUGGAACGACUCCUUCGGCAACGUCAAAUUAGAAAGCCUACCUGUCAAUCAUUAUACACCGUAUAUCCAGUCACCUUAUCAGCAGCUUUAGCGGCUUUCUUUGUGUUGAUUUGUGGAAUUAUUAUGUCUAUCCUAAUGUUGAGCAUGGAAAUAAUUUAUGUAUAUGUUGUUGUCAAAAGAGGUCAAAAAUUUUCUAUUGUCCGCUAGUUAUGUGGAGAUCAAUUAAAAGCAAACAAUA